AUGAGUCUCCCUUCACCGCCGGCACCCAACCAAGCCGAUCUCGAAAAGGCCCAGCCUUUCCAGUGUGCUGUUUGUCAGCGUCGCUUCACCCGAAUGGAAAACCUCAAAAGACAUGCAAAGCUUCACGACAAGACAACAGAGCGCCCCGUUUUCCCCUGCAGCGAGUGCAAGUCGACGUUCUCAAGGGCAGAUCUCAGAAGACGGCACGUCACCAGCAAGCACGGAGAUGAAUCUUCGAGAGGCAAAUCGACCAGUCCCAAGGACUCUAGCUAUAAAGCGGUCAGCAUCAUCCCCGAACAAUUACCAGAUGCUCUUGCCACUGCUUUAUACCAGCAGGAAAGAUCAAUAAUCGACCGAUUUCCAUUCGCAGACCUCGGCGGCCCUGCGUCUGUCCAAUACCAGGACACCAACCCCGCCCCUAUCGACUUCCGCAGGCAGAGUUUGCCUUCGACAUCCUCCAGUACCACCUCUCUCCUCCAACGCUUACGACUAUCCCAGCCACCAUCGUCGGCAAUACCUAUAUCAGUCGAAGACGACACGCUCCACCCAAUGUCGAUCGGGCCAGCUGUGCAGUCUUUCUUCGCAUAUGCUCCUCAUAUGUUCCCCUUCCUACAUCAGCCUACCUUCGUCAGCGAAUCAUGCAACCCGAGUUUGCUCUUUGCAAUCAUGUGUCUCGGGUUGCACACGGCGGCGGAUAGCUUGACGGACCAUGAAAAGGCAAUGAGUUGUUACCGAGCUGGACUCAGUGGGUUGGAUGGAACUCUGGAGAAGGCUGGUAACCUCAAACCUUCAGAAGUUCUUCCCAUCAUCCAAGCGCAUAUCCUUUUAGAGAUAUACGCUAUCUUGGCUUUGUGUGGGGAGCACACAUCACGAGGCUUGAACCUUCAUCAUCAGGCUAUCCAGAUUGCACGCAAAGCUGGUCUCAUGGAGCCAUACCCCACCCAGCCAUCCUCGACCCAAGAUUUAGACAUGCUCUGGAGGCAGUUUAUCAAAGGGGAGAGUCACAAGCGUACCCUCUAUGCCCUCUAUAUCAACGACUCGACCUGGUACCACUUCCUAUCACGCCCCCGCAGUCUCUCCCACCUGGAGAUCAAGCACGAGCUUCCCUGCCGCUCGUCGCUGUGGGAUGCCGUUUCGGCAACCGACUGGGCUCAUCGGUCUCUGGUAGCCUCAACCGACACAGCCUGCCCACGCUUUCUCGACACUAUCCGUCGCGCCUUCUCCUCCAACCUCGAUGCCUCUCUACAAGUCGACUCCUAUGGUGCUUCACUCAUGACUCACUUUGUCCUGUCAAGCGUGAGGGAGAUGACUGGUUGGUCUACCAUGACAGGCCGGUCCUGCUUUGAGAGGUUUGAGUCUUUGCAUACUUCUAUGGUCAAGCUUGAGCCUCUCGUGAGCGUUCCUAACCACGCUCAAAAGUCGCCGACGACAGCAGCUGCUGAGGCGACCUGGCGGAUGAGCAUGAUAGAGCUGCUGUUGUGGUCACAAUCGCAUACCGGAGGGUUAGUGGAGGAUUCGAUUGAUGGGGCGAUGGCCGCGAUUGCGAUGCUCGGCUCCAAUCCCAUGCUCGACAUCAACCCAGAAAUUAUCCAGUCUGUCGAACAUCACGUCAAUUGGUUUCUCCUCUACCUCCACCGCACCGGUCCGGAUACCCGAUAUGAGACCCCCUUCCUCAGCUUCUACCUCUUCAAAGCUGCAGUCAUUGCAUGGCAGAUAGUGAGGUCGGGCGGCUCGGGCCCGUUGGAGACUGUCGGAGUGAGCGAUAUCGACAGCUUGCUCGGAUGGAUCAGGGCGAUGUUUGAGAGAAGAGUAAGGUGGGGUAUCGGGAAGAUUGUAUCAAAAACACUUGCGGAGUUGCAGAGCCAGAGCGAAUAA